AGUAUUCCACUGACAGUGACAGACAACAACUCUCGUAUGUAGCUGCCACUUCCACUGUUUCUAGCGACAUGGCCGAGAUUUCAACUUCUGCUGCGUACAAGGAAUAUGUCGCUGGCUUGCUCGCCGGAGUUGCCGCCGUAGCCACUGGUCACCCCUUUGACACCGUGAAGGUGAAGCUGCAAAAGCACAAUACUGAAGGAAAUAUAAUUCGUUACAAAAAUGGAUUGCAUUGCACUUCUAGAAUAUUGCAGACCGAAGGAAUUAAAGGACUUUAUAGAGGUGCUACAUCAUCUUUUGCCGGGAUGGCUUUGGAAGGAUCCCUUUUUUUUGGCAUGUAUUCCCAGACAAAACAAUACCUUCAGGGGGGUGUUCAAAGCGGUGAACCUCGGCCUCAAGUGAUAAUACCAGCUGCAGCUUUUAGCGGCGCCAUCAACAGUUUCGUGCUUUGUCCAACAGAGCUGUUAAAGUGUAGGAUGCAGAUCCAAGGCACUGACUCUCUGGUUCCGAUGUCGAGUAGAUACAGUAGUCCCCUUGAUUGUGCCCUCAAAACAGUAAAAAACGAAGGGGUGACAGGAAUUUUUCGGGGAGGUUGUGCUACAUUGCUUAGAGAAUCUAUGGGGAAUGCUACCUUUUUCAGUGUAUAUGAAUAUAUGCGUUACCACUUGCAUUCACGUAUCAAACCUGCUUCUUCUGAUUACAGCGGCCUGAUUGACAUUGGAAUUGGGAUCGUUACAGGUGGCGUUAGUGGUAUUGCUUUUUGGUUAGCAGUUUUGCCCCUUGAUGUGGCAAAAACUCUGAUUCAGACAAACCCUGAUAAAAACUCUCAAAGGAAUCCUUUUGUGAUUUUGAGUUCAAUCUACAAAAGGGCUGGAUUGAAAGGGUGUUAUACAGGUCUCGGUCCCACAUUAAGUCGAGCAUUUCCUGCUAAUGCAGCAACAAUUGUCACCUGGGAGCUAGCAUUGAAAAUGUUAGGCAUUAAACAUGACUGAGAGUUUGCUUAAUUUCUAUCGCGGAUAAUACAACAAAGCUCAAGUAUGCUUUGAAGCCAAUUUACACACUAGAUCAGAGUUGGAUGAACAGAAUAAUGCUUUCAAUAUAUUGCAUUUUUCCUUGGAUGAGCUUCUGAUUUUCAUUUUAUCAGCAGGACAACGUUCAUUAUUGCUUUUAUAGUGGCCUGUUCCUUAAUUUUAAGGUUAGGGGAGCUUGAUUAACUGCCCUCUUUACAUUUUCACCUUUCAUUCUUAGGGAUAGAACAUUUCUAUCACUGGAAUGAAUUUAUAUUUUAACACAUGUAAGAUAAACUGUAUUGCAAUUCAAUAUUUUUUGGUGGCAUGGCCAUUUACUUAAUAUGUUGAAUGUAUGGCCGAGUCAGAAAAGCCUACUAAUUUUAGAC